ACACCACAGGGCUUCCGUUCGUACUCGGCGCUUAGCAGUGUAACAAAGUAUUUUGUACAUGUGCAUUCGUGCACGAUUUAAUCAUUUUAGACGUAAUUUUGCAACCCGGAGCCACCUAUGUCGUCGGACGCCCUCAAGAAACGCAAGUCGAAGGUUCUCCGCAGUGAAGGAGGAACCCCGGAGAUGAAGCGAGGUCGCGGAGACGGGGACCAGCAGGAUGCACGUGUGUACAGUGAGGAGGUGGAGCUGGACAGCAGGGACCCUGAACAGGACUAUCUACAGUACAAAGAGUCAUGUGAGAGUUUGGCCACUCUCAUGAGUGAGAUCCAGGAGCUUAAAGCCAACGGAGCCAAGGAGGGGUGUGCUGAGGUCGAGCAGAGACGUAUGCAGAGCUGCAUCCACUUUAUGAAUCUGAAAAAACUCAAUCGUCUGGCUCAUAUGCGGCUGAAGAGAGGCAGAGACCAGACACACGAGGCAAAGCAGAGAGUGGAUGUGCUGCACCUUCAGUUACAAAACCUGCUGUAUGAAGUUAUGCAUCUUCAGAAGGAGAUCAGCAAGUGUUUGGAGUUCAAGUCUAAACAUGAGGAGAUAGACUUGGUGUCUGAGGAAGAGUUUAACCAGGAGGCCCCGCAGGAGAUUUCCAGGCCCCACCUCACCAAAAAUGACCCUCAUCAACUCACACUGGCUCGACUGGACUGGGAGCUUGAGCAGAGAAAGAGGUUGGCAGAGAAAUACAAGGAGUCACAGGCCACAAAGGAGAAAAUCCAGAAGAGCAUUGAGGUGAAGAAGGAGCAUCUGAGAAGCUUACAGCCAGGACUGAACGCCAUCAUGCAGGCAUCUCUCCCGGUGCAGGAGUACCUGUCCAUGCCUUAUGAACAGACUCAGAAACAGACUGAGAUUGCCCGCCACCUCCCUCCACCUCUAUAUGUGUUGUUUGUUCAAGCCAAUGCCUAUGGCCAGGCCUGUGACAAGAACCUGUGUGUGUCAAUCAGUGGUGAUGUGGAUGAGGCCAAAGCCUUGUCCAAACCUCCAGAAGAUUCUCAGGAUGAUGAGAGUGACUCCGAUGCAGAGGAAGAGCAAGAGAAAACUAAGAGGAGAAGGCCAACUACAGGUGGCCAGCUGGAUGACAAGAGACGGGAGAUGCUGAAAAGGCACCCUCUGUCCCUCUGCUUAGACCUCAAGUGUAAAGAUGGCAGCAUCCUCCAUCUCUUCUUCUACUACCUGAUGAAUCUGAACAUUAUGACGGUCAAGACCAAGGUCUCCACCUCCACAGACCUAAACACAGCCAUCAGUGCAGGGGAGCUGCUCAAAGCAGACACUCUACUCAGCUGUCUCUACACCAGCGACCAGGGACGGGAAACACCCAAUCCAGCAAAUCGCUACCAGUUUGAUAAAGUCGGAAUCAUUUCCUUUGCUGAUUAUGUGGAGGAGCUGGGACAUCCUUACAUGUGGGUUCAGAGUCUCGGAGGACUACAUUUUCCUAGUGAUGCUUCAGAGGGUGUCCGUGUGGGCAGUUCUCUGAGUGCCAGCCACAUGGAGAGCACCAUGAAGCUGCUGAGGGGACGAGUUCAGUCUCGCUUGGCUUUGCACAAACAGUUUGCCUCUUUAGAGCACAGCAUUAUCCCGGUCUCCAGUGAGUGUCAGCACCUCUUUCCUGCCAAGAUCAUCUCCCGUUUAGCCCGCUGGACCACUAUCACCCACCAGGAGUACCUGGAGCUGCCAUAUAUACGUCAUGUGACUGAUGCAGGGCUGGCAAAGGAGACUGAUCUGUACUUUAUGGCAGUGGUGGAAAGAGGCACAGCUCGUCUCCAGGCCGCAGUGGUGCUGAGCCCCCGUUACCCAGAGAUCUCUCCUCUUUUCUCCCUCUGUCUCAGCUGGAAGGGAGAGCGCAGCGGACGCACUGACGACAACCUUCGAGCCAUGGAGAGUGAGGUCAAUGUGUUCAAAAAUGAACUACAGGGACCACGUCCAGGACACCAGCUCCUGACCAAUCAGAUUGCGCGCCUGUGUGUCUGCCUGGAUGUGUAUUUGGAGACUGAAGGACAAGAUGACAGCGUGGAGGGACCACGGGAGUUCCCCCGCGAAAAGAUGUGCUUGCGUACUGUCAGGGGUCCAAAUCGUCUGAAACCAUUCAAGUACAACCAUCCUCAGGGCUUCUUCAGUCAUCGCUAAACCUGUACAUAUGAUUCUUCCUGCUGUACCUUACAGCUUUAACUCCAAGCUUACCUUUGUGACUGUUUGACACACAAUUUCUCUCUUUUAAAAAAUCUUUUUACCAGUCUGAAAAUAAAAGAACACUUUGUUAUUUUCUUGAA